GUCCAAACUCAAGUGUCCGGUCUCAUUCCGAGAUAAUUUUUAGAGAAGUUGGCUGGGGCAGCACGUGUACCCUCACCCUGUAACAGAAGCGAGGAAAGUGUUUACCUGGAUCUGUUCAAGCCGACUCCAGAGGAAAAGCCGCGCGUACCUGCGGAAUGUGCCGCCCGUGAAGGACUGUGCCUCCACUCUUGAGGCUGCUCUGAAUCGGAGGGGGUCGCCUGUGCUCGCUUCAUCAUGUCAGUAGAGCCUGAGUGAGAGACGGAGAGAUUAGGGAAAGGAGAAAAAAAAACCGUUAACGUGUGGCAAAUUGACCAGCGGGAUUACAGCCGGACGCGACAUGUUCUUGAUUAACGUCAUCUCUGUGGUGUUUGUGUUAGAUGUGUGCGUGUGUGAAUUGGAGCUGGGAUCCCCUGGCUGGAGGGAACCUCUGGACUGUGUCCGAGCUUCCGAGCUGUGCAACCAGAACAGUCAGUGCAGCUCACGCUACCGGAUCAUGCGCCAGUGUCUGUCUGGUGGGGACAAGGAGCGUAGCACCAUGCUGGCCUCCAAGGAGUGCCAGGGGGCACUGGAAGUGUUACAGGACUCGCCGCUGUAUGACUGCCGCUGCAAGAGGGGCAUGAAGAAGGAGCUACAGUGUCUGCAGAACUACUGGAGCAUCCACAUGGGCAUGACUGAGGGUGAAGAAUUUUACGAGACAUCUCCAUAUGAGCCGAUACACUUCUCUGAGGAAUUCAGGCAUGCGUCCAUUAUCUCAGACUCAUCUUUGUCGAAGAUGAAGCCCUGUUCCGAGGCAGGGAAACCCUGUAACCCCUGUGUGGAUGCAGCCAAAGCCUGUUAUCUGAACGAAACCUGUAGACGCCUACGGUCAGCCUACAACAUUAUCUGCAGCAAGGUCACACCCCCACAGUCUUCUGCAGCCAACCAGGAGCCAUGCAGCAGGAAGAGGUGUCAGAAGACCCUGCGACAGUUCUUUGACCGUGUUUCAUGGGAGCUGAGCUACCCUUUACUGUUCUGCUCCUGCCAAGACCAGGCAUGUGCUGAACGUCGUCGCCGCACCAUCGUCCCAUCCUGCUCCCACCAGGAAAGACACAAACCCACCUGCCUGGAGCUACGACACACCUGCCGCUCUGACGCCCUGUGCAGGUCUCGUCUUGCUGAUUUUCAUAUGAACUGCCAGAUGACAUCUCACACCAUCACUAGCUGCCCUUAUGACAACUACAUUGGCUGCCUCAUGUCCUACGUUGGCCUCAUUGGCUCAGAUGUAACACCAAACUACAGCGACAACAGCCCCACCAACAUCACCAUCAGCCUCUGGUGCACUUGCAGAGGGACAGGUCAUCAGGAGCAGGACUGUGAUACCUUCCACCGGGACUUCACCCACAACACCUGCCUCAAAAAUGCUAUCCUUUCAUUUGGUUAUGGAUCUGAAGGAGCUGCUCCUCCUGUAACCGAUGAACCUUCCACAUUCCUGCCUCCUGCUCAGCCACCCAUCUCCAAACCGGCUCCCUCUCUGCACGGAGAGGCCAUCAAGCCCAUCGACACUGCCUGUAUGUUCUCCACUUGUGCAGACCUGCAGGAGGGAGGUCAGAAGUGCAUACCCUCUGAUGAGUUUGAGUGUGAGGAGACUUUGUUGGCCCGGGGGUCAAUAGACUCUCAGGAUUCUGUGGGACCCAAAAGCAGCAGCAAGCAAUCAGCUCCGCUACUCCACCACAAUUUUGUGACUCUGUGUGUGUCAAUUCUGCCAGCACUUUUACACUUCACAUCAUAAUUUUGGACUCACACAUGUACAUGCAUACACACACACACAGUACUAAAUUUCAAGCAACCGAUGUCAAAGCAUCCACCACGGCCUUUUUAAACAGAGAAUCUGGAGACCGCUCAGAUAAGCAGUUUUUCUGCAGCACACUGUCACAUACAGGCCAUAAGUGGGAGAAUAGAAGCAGCUGGACUUUGGGGUGUUGUAUGUGAUCGAGAAGUGGAAUCAGAAACUCAAAUGAGUGACUCUCGGGACUGUGUCACAGUGACUUAAUUUGCAAUGCUCUAUGUCUUUUGGGUGUAUGUGCUUUCUGUGCGAGACGGUUUGGACUCCCUCAGGCUCCUCUGGGUCUGAGACAGCUGGGCUGAGAAACCCCUGGAAACAAGCAUAUCACUACAUCCACAUACACGCAGACACACACACUUACAGAAUUUGAUCAGGAGUGUUAAAGUUGGCAGCAUGAGAGAUACAGGAAAGUAACGACAGGGUAGGACAACUGGUAAGAUCAUUCAGUAAGGUUUAUCACUCUUUGUGACUUUUCUUGUGGCAACAAAUCAAGAUACAACAACAUACAUAUCCCUUUCCCGUUAGACUUCCUUAGCGGAUAAACAGGGUCCCUACAUGGACACAGACACUCAUGCUGUACACCAGUGUGCUAUAUCUAGGUCUUUAUCUUGAUUUUGUGGUCAACAUCCUGUACAAAUGUCAUUUGGUGUGGAAAAUGAAAAGUAAAAAAUCCUGUGAAUGAGUAUAUGUUUCAUAUCAGUGUUCAGCCGUGAGCGUGUUUGUGCGUCAGUGUGAAUGUCUGUGAUGACUGUUGACACAUCUGUGCAUGGAUGCAAACAAAUGAAGCAACAGGCAGACCUUUAGUCAGAUGACAAACAGACUGUGAAACAUGAUGCACAUACUAUCUUAAAAAAUAUGGUCAUUUAAGUCGUUGUCAAACUAAAGCAUUAAAUCUCA